AUGUGCAAGAUCGCUGUCCAUGUCAAGUACCCCCACUUCAAGCCCGCGGUGGAGCAGCUCGUCAUGCACAUGAACGGCGGUCGGGCUGAUGCCAAGCGGGCGUCAGUUUCGAUCUACAUGGGGAAGAGCACCUGGAAGACGGUGGUCAAGAAGCUGGCUGACGAGGCGUCCAUGGGUGAUUUGGGAGGCGCUAUCCGGGUCUCCGAGUCCACUCUGAAGAAGCAUCGGAAGCGAGCCGAUCGGUCCAUCCAACCCAAGAUAGCAGAUCCUGCCGGGCAGGUGGAUCUCUCCUCUCGCAAGGUGGCCAAGGUCCUCCUCCCCACGGAGGAUGAGCAACCAAACGGGUACAUCAUGAACAAAGCCCUGAAAGAGCUCGAGGCUUGGGCGGUUCUGAACUCAUAUUGGGUCAACACUGACAACACGGACGACAAAGCAAACCUGCUCCUCGACCUGAUAUACUCGAAGAAGACCCUCCUCCAACUCCUCUACCAGCAGCGGCCCAGUGCUGAGUUCAACCUGGACGCAUACGACAAGCAAGUGAAAGCUCACAUGCACGAUCCCCCGACUGCUGCGGGGUAUAAGCUGGUCCUCAGCUCUCAUCUACUCCUCCACCUAGGGACGGAUGCUGUGACGGAAGCCGUACCUCAAGGUGGACCGCGUCCGGUGCUGCUCUGGGAUGUCUCUGGUCGGAAGCACACGCGCGACGGCCUCAUGGUCGUGUACGUCAAGGGGAUGAAACUGCAGCGAUCCACAGCGUACGAACACACGCGCAACAUGCUCCACAACCUGGAAGCGUCGCCUGAGCUGUACCAGGUUCCAGGAACGGAGAAGACAAAGCCCAUCCUGGUCAACAUGGUGGACGGCGGUGGCGACGAGAACCCCCGCUUCUACGCCAAAAAGAUGGCUUCCGCUGUGCUAUUCAUGCGCGGCGGGUAUGAGCUACUCAUUUGCGCGACGCGCGCUGCCGGCUGGAGUGCGUACAACCCGGUGGAGCGCGGGCAGUGCUACCUGACCCAGGCGUUAGACGGCUGCAUUUUCGAGUCGGACUUCUACGGCAAAGACGCUAAGCUGGAAGGACGAAACUUCGAGUACGCGGUGGAAAAGUGCCGGGCCACGUUAAACAGAUCAGCGGCCUUUGAGAGGGAGAUCAAGGCUGUCGUCCCCCCCCCACCUCAAAGCAGCUCCCCGUUUGUAUAUAUUGACCACGAGGCGUUUGAGAGCUACCGCAAGAGUAGCGGGGAAGGCGGGUGCGGAUGCCAGACGGAAGACCGGUGCUCGAGCGCUCGGUGCCGGAAGUGCUGGGAUCAGGGUCUGCCGUGUACGAAGCGCUGCAAGUGUCAAGGGAAGUGCGGCAAUCCACAUCUGAUGCCGCUCCCCGAAGACCUGGCUUGCUAUCCCGUGGAGAAUCGCGCGCUCGUCUCCCUCGAGGAGAUUGUUGCGCAGCUAACUCCGCGAGAUGUUGAGUUUUGGGCGUUGAAACAUGGCAGGUUCAGGCACUACUGGUUCCAGUACAAAUUGUGCGAUCUCGCGGAGGCGGAGAGUUGCUGGUACUGUAGUCGGUUCGGCGAAAGGCAGAUACCUACUCUGUCUUUCUUCCCCAUCGUUUCCGUCCCUGACGGUGAAGGGAAGUACGUCGACCUGAAAGAGCGUGCGGAAUUGGUGAAGAAAAGGGAUCCAAGUGCGGAGGCCUUCUUUGCCGACUCUGCGCUCCCCUCAGUGAUUCUGGCCACCGCCUGGCAAGCGUCACCAACACUGACUGACGAAGCAUUGUCCAAGUUAGUUGACGCCACAAAUCUUCAGAGGGCUUCAAUUGUAAAUUAUUUUAGGAAGAAGAAUGAAGCGCCCAGAGAAAACAAUGCUGCUGACAGAGACAGAAUUGUAGAAGAUGGUGUCGAAUAA